GGCGGUAUUUUUUUCUUCAAUAAACACAAAUGCACAGCGCAAGUCGUGUUGGCUUUCGUGCAGCGCAUUUUUAGGGAAACAGUAAAGAAUUGGCAAAUAAAUAGAAAAGUUCGACUACUAUACCGUACCAAGAUCACGUGAUAUCAGUCACUGAUCUUUAAAUUGAAGAACAAGCAGCCCAAAACCACCAGCAGACUAGGAAUCAAGUGCGCGAGCGGUGUCGUACAGGCUAAAGGGUCAUGUCAUGCCAUUCCACGACACGUGCACAGGAGGAUCCGUACGCGUUCACGGAAUCGGCACCACUGCAAGCGAACUCAUUGGCGUACGCAAACCAUUCAAGUGCAGUUAGUAAUAGUUCCAGCAGCAACAAUAAUGCAACCACCACAACCACCACUACCAUACAAACCGCGUCCUCCGGUGCAAGCCUAUUGCUCACGACCAAUUCUGCCGGAAGCGUCACUGCAUCCAAGGAUAAACCUGUGAGCAUUUCUCCCGCAACAGUUACAUCGCCGGCCACACUUAAGGUGCGCUACAAUGGUGUGGUGACGACGGCUUCCCCAACCGCUACGACAGUAGUGCGAGCGCCCGGAACGGUCGGUACAACGAUUCCAGUGUUUACGAAACCGGUGCAAAUUAAACAGCAGCAGUCCCAACUGCAGGGUAAUCUGUCUGUUCAGUCCUCGCCAACGGUGACGGUGGGCAAAUUGAUCAAGAAGGUACUGCCGCAGCAGAAGACACCGAUGAUAACGACCGUCGUUGCGGGUGGAGCGAAAAUAAUCUCACGCUUGCAGCAACCGAAUCAAACCUCGCCCGGCCAACAGCUGUCAACCACCGGGGGGUCUAUCUUGAAGUUUAUCAAAAUUCCACCACAACAGCUAGCCAAAGGAGUAGUUGGGGGUGGUGGUGGUGGUAUCCCGCAGGGAAGCUUCAUACACGUAACCACUUCAAGCGAUGGAGCUAGGAAGCUGCUAGUGACUAACAGUAGCAGCAGCAAUGGGGUAAGCCCAACGAUUUCCGUUGCCACGAGUUCAGCAAGGAUAGCGAAUGUUGCCACGGUAAAUGCUGUGAAUCGGAAUGCUUCCGGUGUGGCUGUGGUGUCUAAUGUUUCAACAGUUUCGCCGACAAAAAUUCGUUUAAUACAGCCACAGGCACAGGGAAAAUUUUAUUUACAAGCAACAAACAGCAAUGCAAUAGGCACAACUGCCCACCUUUCCAAUCCGGUCACCAUAGCAACGUUGAGAAAUACACUCAUUAAACAGCAUCAACUGCAACAGCAACAGCAGCAACAACAGCAGUCACCGACACAGCCACAGCAAAAGCAACAACAACCAGCACCACCACAACAACAACAGCAGAUUUUACUACAAAAGCCUUCACAGCAGCAACAAACCCCGCCGUCACCUAACCAGCAACAAAGCACUCCACAACCUGUACAGCAACAGCCGAAGCAACAACCGCAACAACAACAGCAGCCGGUACAGAAGCAGCAAAAAGCACCGCAAUUGAAGCAACAAUCGAUUGUAGGUAACCAAGUAUCACCGCAACCAUUGCCCCAUACGCUAUCGAAAACAUCGUCGCAAAAUGCAGACAGCACACAGAAACUGCAGCCCAAACCACAAUCGUGUUCCGUUCAGUCGCAAUCUCAGCAACAGCCCCAAGCUGUUUCGAAGGCGCUACUUCAGUCCACACCCAAUGGCCAGAAACAAUCGCUGCUUCUGCAGCAUCAGCAACAACAACAACAGCCGUCGCCGAAACAAGCACCGCACACAACCAUACCGGCUGCAACACCACCAGCAAAACUACAGCCAGCACAACAGCAACCACAAUCGCUGUUGUUACAACCACAGCGAAAACAACAACAACAACUGACCGCAUCCGCAGGCACUAAACAACGGACCGUACCUCAACAACAGUCUCCUAAACCUGCCACCUCGACUGCUCCAAUUUCCUUGCUGACGUCUUCGGCGAAUGCGACGAAAGAUGGAUCGUUACUGGCAAAAGUUAAUGAAGCCUCGAGGAUGACAGUAUCAGCGCCGAAAGAGGAAAAUGCCGGUAAAAUGACUGACCUGAGCGAAAGUGUGCGUCGUCCUGCGAAUCAACAAAGCUUGCUGCUCGUAGGUUCGAACGUAGAAACAGAAACUGCAACAAAGUCACCGAAAUCAACCGAUCAAUCGUCGCCGGUCGUAGGUAGGGUUGAAAAAAUCAUCCGAUCGCCAUCCUCGCCGGUUGAGCCUACCGUUAACUCUGUUGCGAUGAAAAAACGGCCUUCAACAGAGGAGGCGCCGUCUUCAGUUUCAAUUUUAGGCGAAAGGAAAGCGUCAGAAGAGUCUACCCACCAAGACACUAAACCGAUGCCGGCGAUAAAGGAAGAAGAGCUCAUGCCGGCGGAAGAUGUGAAUGGGAAAGUACGUGCAAUGUCUGGUCGAAAAUCGACCGUUACGGGCAAAAGUGCUGGCAAGCAGCAGCAAAAGUCCAGCAAACGAACGCAUAGUCAACAUUCGCUGGGUGAGGAACAGGAACCGUUUUCGGGUCGGGAAUCUUCUCCGGUAGGUAACAUUGGUACCUCACCAUCGUGCACAACCAGUACGCCAAACGCUCCGGGAAAGCAUAAUCCACCGAGCCCACCGAUUCCGUCAUUGCUAGCCAGUGUGAAGCUGGAAAAAGAGUUCGAGAUUAAGCAGGAAGUGAUGGAACAAGAUGAAAAACCAUCUAAGCAGCGAUUGGUAGCGCUAGGUACCGUACCGGGAGCGAUCGUCGUACCGAUCAAGUGUCCAAAGCUCAGGGAAUGGCACGCUCCCGGUGCGUACCUGUUCGAUUUGAAAGAUCCGGGUGACGAGUCGGACGACGAUGUGUACGAUGAGUAUCCCAACACGCUGUCCUGUUGGUAUGAGGAAACGAUCGAAAUUACCGUACCGGAGAGUAGCGGUGCGUCCAGCUGCUGGGGACUGAACCCUAUGCAUCGAAGCUCUGCAUCGAGCAGCGGUAGUGUGCGUGGCAAGGGCAAAGGCCAUCACGGUAGGAGUGCCAAUAGCGCAAAGUUCGAAAUACGAAUGCUGUCGCGCGAUGAACGGCUGGAGCUGAAAAAAGCUUAUCUGCAGCGGCGGGUCGUUCAGUGCCGGAAUGGUUUGCGGAUGCGAAGUGCAGCUGCGUCAACUGCCAAAAAACGGUUGGAAUCGAUGGCUAAGAUGGUGGAAAAGUUAGACAAGAGGCGACAGAUCGAGCUCAACAAAUCUAGUGAAAAGGCGACCUGCAUAUCGGAUGGAUGCAACAAAUCGGCACUCGUAAUGACAUCGCACUGCUACGAUCACAUUACGGAGGAUGCGGACCAGUGUUUGUUUCAGCGAUGUACGGCCAAGUUUUCGGACAACAGCCAGUGCCGCGUGCCGGUAUUCGAUAUCAGCCAUGAGCUGAUCCUGUGCAAGGAACACGCCUGGAAGCAUGACAAUCACGACAAAAUGUCGCAGGAGGUGAAACUGCACAAGAAACCACCAGCAAACGUUUCCACAGCGUCAACGGUAGCGUCACCGACCAUCAUCGCUGGAAGAAAGAAAGCGAAACAACCCAUCCAGCAACCACCUCAAGUGGUGGUACGAUCACAAAAACGGCCGAAAAAGAAGAAGAAGCUCACGCCUUUGCAACAACAGAUGCUACUACAUCAGCAGCAGUACAAGCAACAGUUUUUGAUACACCAUCCUAACCACCAUUCGAAUCAGGCCGCAAGUCAGCAACAGCAGCAGGCGAAGCUAACAGCGGCACCACCUGCAAACCAACCACAGCGGAAAAUGGUUGUUCAGCAGCCGCAGAAGUCAUUGCUUAACGCUUCGUCCGCUAAUGGUAAAGUACAGGUACAGCUGAAGUCAGCGAUGACGCCUCUACCAAAGGCAUCGAUCGUUGUUCAUCCUGCACAGCAGCAGCAGCAGUCGCAGCGACUUCAUUUGAGCGAUGGCAGUGAAAAUCCACCGAAGACAGCUACGUUUAACUCGGGUGUAUUGCACACAGCGGCACAAGCGAACCGAAUUCUACACAUUCCUGCUGCCGUUGGCAGCAACCGUACCGUUGCGUCCGGUUUUACGGGAACGACAGUUCUACGUGGUCAGCAUAAGCCUUCCGUCACUAGGGAAAUCGUGGAUCGGUUGGAACACGAGCACGAUCAGCAACAGAAGCAGCAGCCACAGAUUUACACCAAUGGAACGCACUCGGUACAAACGACACUGAACCAUAGUUCGCCGGCAAACACACAGGAACUGCUGACGAUAUGCGAAAACAGUUCAGCUUACGCGAGUUCUGAAGACACCGGGGUUGGUGGAUUGUCCGAAUCGGAACUAUUGGCAACACAGGACGUAAUAGAAGAGAUUAUACCGUUCGAGUUCAGCAAUCUGCUCCAUCCGAAUAUGCUCAGUCACCUGCCGCCGGACGAACUGAACGAUCUGCUAGGUCUCGCUGAUGUGCCGGCCGAGGAUGAUACGGGUGAUUCGCACCAGAGCUGCCCACGGGAGGUGGAGGACGAUAUUGAGCGUGCCCUGGAGCACGUGAAAUCGCUCGACGAUAUGACGGUGGAGCCGAGCAGUUUGUUGGGCGAUUUUCUCGACAAUGUCGACGAUGAAAUGUUGGACGGUUCGGAUAUGUGUGCGACGACCGAGCAAAUGCUUCAAUCGUCGAACAAACCGAGCGACAUCCGGGGUAUGGUGCAUACGUAAGUGUAGUGCACGGUUUUAUGGGAGGUGGAGCAGUGUUAAAUGAAGCAAUAGGAUGCAGCUUUACAUACCAGCAAACAAUCGUGCAGGUGUCCUCUGGAGAUGGAAAACGAUUGUCGCGGCAUAAGCGGAAUGUUUUACAUGUAUGUGGGGGGGACGUGAAUCCUCUAUCUUGAUUAGUGCUCAGUUUGCUCAUUCAAUUGCAAAACUAAGAAAUGCUUUCUUCAACACGUCCACUGCAUUUUUGAAGCUUUAAUUUGCGCCCUGCUCGCGUUAUUCAGUUUUAAUACUCCAGCGAACUGACAAGACCAAAUUCAACUGACAGUCUUGUACAAAAUACUUCCGAUACUGGUUCGGGGUGGAAAAACGGUACGUCGACACAGGAACCACAGUACGCUUUCACAAUUACGAUAAUGUAAUAUAGCACUUAAAAUGUAUCUAAAUUAGACGCCCGGAACGGUUGGCGAGCGCUUGUAGAUUGGCACUCGAGCAAAGGUCGCUCGAGUGCGAUGACAAAAGGGGGGUAGCAAUUUUAAUAACGCACUCACGCACUCACUGUAAAUAGCGUCAUAAGCCACACUCGUCGUAUUUCCAUAGUCAGUUUGUUUCAAGAAAUAUUAUCGAUUGUGAAGAAAUCUUAUAGAUGUAAAUAAAAUCGUUUAGCGCGAAUCAACACACGGCGCGUUAGUUUGUGUGGUCAAUGUGCGUAACAAAAAAUAGUGUUAGAUAUCUAAGCUAGGAUUAGGGAUGCAAAACCGUACGGGGACCGUCCGUAUGCGUACCGUGAGAAAUGUCCCAGAACCGUGCAGUGAAGUGUUAGGUUGAAUCGAUUCUGCAGUAGGUUGAUACGGUUUACCGCUUACUGUCUCCGUCAUCGAUAAAGAUAGGGCCAACACAGGUGUGGGCAUGCAGGGUGAAAGAAGCAUCGUGAAGUGUGACGUGAUCGGUGGACGUUAGCCUGCGUUCGUCUGGCCGUGGUAACAGGCCGGUCUUGAUAUACCACGUACAGCGAGCAUGCAUUUACGAUGCCUUUGUAAAAAAAAAACCAGUUCAAACAACAGAGAAUAACCGUUUCCCACACGCUACGUAAUGUACGAUAUAUUUUACAAAUGAAAUCGAUAUCUGUACCUGAUUAUACAAAACGAAGGCAAACCCCUGCAAUACACACACGGGUGUUUAUUUGUUUGGUUGACCUCCAGUCAGAACGACAUGCGGUGCAGCGGUUUGGCUAUAGGAAACUCGCUGGCGGCAAGAUCGGAAGAGCGAGUUAAUGUUACGCGUGUAGGCACACAUCCUUGAGUGAAUCGGUCGCGAGGCACCAUCCACCCUUCUUUUCCCUUACCCUUCCUUUUAGUGGCACACAACACAUCCUCAGGAGCGCUCUUGGUAUGACGACGUCCUUGAUUUUUCAUUUAUCUGUGGCCUGGAUAAAGGCGUUCGAUGGGAUUCGGCACUGAGCGGUGAGAGACCGGACCACCACCUACCUACCUACCUACCUACUUACUCGUUAAAGUAAAACAUAUACUGUAAUUAGUAAGGAAGUACCGACACUUGAGCUGGAGCAGUAUAUGGCUAAGGUAAAGAAAAAAAAGUUAGUCAAUAAGUGUACUGCUGUAACGGUAGCAUAGUGUAGUGAGAUUACAUGAUAACAGUAAAUCGUACCAACUUAAAAUAUCGUAAGUCAUAUUACUGGCAAUUCAUUAGUACCAUUAGCGUAGCGUUAAUCCUCCCAAACAUCUACAGUAUUCACAACUAAGCUCUUAGCCGACGGUGUUGUGUGUGUUGUAGAGUGGUGUAAAAAAUAAGUGCGCACGAAUGGUGAAACAUAAUGAUGAACAAAAUCCUCUCAAAAUUAAUAAAAACAAACAAACAAAAUACUAGCGAAUUGUACGCUUGCUAUAAACACGGAUACGAAACACAAUAAUUGUAACAGUGCUUUUUGUAAUAAAAAGUGUUAAAAAACCACAA